AUGGGGGAUCGUUGCCAGGCACUCUCUGGCAACCUCCACCUCCAUGCUGGCCAUCCCCAGUGUCACCGCGGUAGUCCUCCCGGCAAGGGAGCUGCCCGGCCCGUCGCUGCCGACACCAGCCGCCCCGAGCGCUCGGCCAGCGCCGCCGGCGCUGCCCGGAUCCAGGCCGCAGCAGAGGGGCAGCGGCGGGGAGCCCGCUGCACCCGCACCGAGCGCGGCAGCUGCUGCGGGCGCUUCCCAGCCCCGGCCCUGCGGAACGAGCCGCGGCGGCCCUGGCGGCAUCGUCCUUCGCCGCCCCCCGCCAGCGCCCGCUCGGUCCCGAACACGGCGCUGCGCAGCCCCGCGGCUCCCGCCGGAGGGACGCGGCCGCCAGCCAGCCCGGGCGGGGGGUCGCGCUGCGGGAAGCGCCCAGCGGCUCACCCAGGCAGGGCGGGCGACCCGCUGCUGCCCCCCCGGCAGGGCCGGGCCCGCGCCCGGAGGGCACAGCCCGAGCGCCCGGACGGUGGCGAACCCCGCUCGGUCGCCCGCGCCCCGAUGCGAGUCGGGGAGUCACAGCGCAGGGGUCACGGCGCACCGGGGCGGGAGCUGCACGCUGCGGCUCCGCACCGGGAGACGCGCCAACGUGGCUCGCAGCCGUGCUCGGUGCGGGGCUGGCACACGGCAGCGACGGCCAGGGGGCCCUCCACGGAGCCCCAGCGGCAGAGCGGCCAAGACCCCGCCGACGCCGGAACGAAACGGGAACGGCCGCUCAGCGAGCCGCGCACUGAGCCCCAGCUGCCGCCGCUGCGGUUGAAAUACCAGGGCCCGCCCCCGCCGCCUCACCAUUGGCUGCUGCCGGGGCGGAACGUGCGGCGGGUGCGAGAGUGA